AAAAAUGAUUUCUGAUGUAUUGACGUUUGAAUCAAUUACUUGUAAAUUUGAAUGGAAAUUAUAUGAUUUAGAUAAACACGGACAUUUUAUGCUAGAUGGUCACUAUUUGUCGAGCAAGGAAUUCUCCCAUCCAAAAUAUCCUUCUGUUAAAUGGCGGUUGCGUGUUUACCCGAAUACUUGUCAGCUUAAUUUUGACGGCAUUUUUGUUUCUCUUGCUCGAGUAGAGAAUGUCGAAGCAAAAGAUAUGAAAGCUAGAUUGGUAAUAUUCAAUUUCGUUCCCCCCCCCCUUUUUUUAGAUCCUCAAAGUAUUAAAAAAUGGUCAGUCUGA